AUGAACAUUAAUGAAGCAGACUCGAAUUAUCAAUUAUUUUACGGUUUCAAUGAUCCAGAAGGACAAAAUAUAGCACUAUCCGCUACUAGUAUGAUUAAACCAAUUCCAAAUGAGAAAGAAUUGUUUCUUUUUGACAAAACAUCACGUACAACUGGAUAUGGUGGAUUAGUCUCUGCGAGACAGCUACAUUUUAUCUGUGGACCUUAUCCAGAGUCAAUAAUUGAUGAAAAUGUAAUAUUUGACAAGAUUAUACAAACGAUUAUUUUACCCAUCUUAUUAAUUAUGUUGAUUUUAUUCAACAGUUUAUCACUUGCUGUUUUAACUAGACCUACUAUGAAAACACCUGUGUUUACCGUAUUAUUAGGUAUUACAAUGGUGGAAAUGUCCAAUGGAUUGUUACCUUUACCAAUGUAUUUACUCAGAGCAUUUUAUAGUGAUCCUGUUUGGUGGGAGUAUAAAAAAUAUACAUUGUAUAAUUUAACACAAAUUUCAAAAUGGUGGAAAUAUGCUCCAUUAGAAAUUUAUCAAACAAGUUCAAAUCCUACAGCAAGUGGAAUACUUGCAUGGACUACAGUAUUUUUACCAACUGUUUGUCAUACAACAGCUACAUGGUUAACAUUAUUUGUUGCAUUACAACGACUUAUUUACAUUACAUAUCCUAAUAAAGCUACAAGAUUAUUUUCUAUACUUACAGUACGUUUAGUUUGUAUUAGUGUAUUAUUAUGUGCACUAAUUUUACAUAUUCCAAUGUUUCAAUCAACUUUUGUUCGAUUUCAACCACUUCUUCUACAUCAAAAUGUUACUUUUAGAAAUUAUUCCAUUGAUUUUAAACAAAUAUUAUUAUAUGAAGCAUUAGAUUAUUUACCAUAUGUUGUCAUGAAAUGUCAUACAUGUUUACCUAUUCAUAUGUUUCUAUAUUUUUUAACUCGUGUCAUACUUGUACAUUUAUUACCUUGUAUAUUAUUAAUUAUAUUAACCAUAAUAAUCAUAAUGAAAAUGAGACAAAUUAAUAGAAAGCAUUUAUGGCUUACACGUGGUAAAUUAUUAUUACAAUAUUCUAAAACAUUAUCUACAUAUAAACAAACCAAAUCUUAUUCAUUACCUAUUAGUUCUUAUAAACAUAGUUUAUCACCAGAAACAACGAAUAUUUCAAAACACGAUCAAAUCAUUGAUCAUAAAGUUCAAAAUAAAUUGAAUUGUUUCACUUGUUUGAUAACCGACAAAACAGAUACACUCUAUAGUAGUAAUCAAGAGUUUCAUAAUAUUCAAUCUAAAAAUUCUACAUUAUCAGUAUUAUUGAAUGGUAAUGUUAAUAAUGAUGAAACAAUUCAAGAGAAUGAUACUUUUAUAAAUUUAAUAAAACGUAAAUCACAAGUAACUGAAUUUUUUAAUAUUUCCAAUAUGUUAAUAGUAAUAUUAAUGAAAUUUAUUUUAAUUCAUUUACCUAAUGCAUUAGUGAUAUUUGUAUAUACAUUAACAUUAAUACAAAAUAGAAUAUAUGAAUUGACUACUAAUUAUAAUGAUAUUAUAAGUAGUUCUACGAGUAAUAUCAAAGAAACUAUAACCAUUUUCAAAAAUACAAAUCAAUCAAUUGUAUUACCUUAUACAGUCAUGAAAUAUGUAAAUCAAUUACAUAAUACAAAUACAAUGAUCUAUAUUGAUGAAGGACCUACAAAUGUAUUAUGGAUAAGAAUUGUAAUCAUCUGUAAUCUUUUAAUAUUAUGUUCAUAUUUAUUAAAUUUUUUAAUAUUUUGGACAAUGUCAACACCAUUUCGAACACAAUUUCUAAAUUUAUUUCGAUGUAAAUCAUUGAGAAAUGACAAUGUUAAUGUUUAA